UAAAACAUUUCGUUAGAGGGUUGACUUCAGUCCACUCGAUGGCCCAAAGGUGUCCGGCAGUUCCAGUUGUCCUGGGAAUUUUCUAAUAAUCGACAAUUUUCAAAAUUAUUUCAGAUGGAGACUACACUGAGAGUUGAAAAUGAAAUUCCCAAGCCAAAUAGUUCAGGCGAACGGCGUUCCAGCAUAAAUGCAGAACAGAAUUUGCCUGGGUCAAGUGACUGUCCGCCUUGCCCGCCGUGUUACCAACCACCGCCACCCUACAUCAUCAGUGGUGGUCUUCAGCAGCCUUUUGUGAUCGGGCCAACUGCCAACCAGGACUACUACUACGUUGCCAGAGUGGAGACACCAGAUUCUGUGAAGCUUUCCAACGCUUGCAGUCUGUACGGUGGCAUCCUGUGCAUAAUCUUCAUCAUUGUAUCUUUCAUGACAUUUUUUUAUUUUGUUUAUUACGACAGCUGACAUUAAGAUGUUUGGAAGACUUGUGGAAGACAUGUGAGUCUCAUAACCUAAGAAAGCCAGGCAUGUUAAAUUAAGAAAAAUUAUAGCAUCUGCAUCAAAAGAUCUUUAACCAACUUUGAUCUGUUGUUACUAAUUUAUUUUAUAUAUUUAAUUAUGUAUCUUGUUACAUGUUGUAUUAUUUACUAGUGCUUUCCUAUA